GAGGAGGAGUAUUUUUUUUAGGUAUGAAAUUUACAGGAUCUCCAAUCAAAUUAAAGGUGUCCCAGGGUCAGCCCGUGAAACUAAAUUGCACCCUCGAGGGAAUGGAAGACCCAGAGAUGUUGUGGAUGAAGGAUGGAGCUGUGGUGCAGGGUGUAGACCAGGUGUACAUUCCAGUAGAUGAAGAACACUGGAUCGGUUUUCUCAGCUUGAAAUCCGUCGAACGGACAGAUUCUGGGAAGUACUGGUGCCAGGUUGAGUACAGGGGGAAGAAGGAAGAAUCGCAGCAAGUGUGGCUCAUAGUGGAAGGUGUGCCCUACUUUACUGUGGAGCCUCAGGAUGUAUCUGUUUCCCCCAACGCCCCGUUUCACAUGGCCUGUGCUGCUGUUGGCCCUCCUGAACCAGUAACCAUUGUUUGGUGGAUGGGAGACUCCAGAGUGGGGCUUCCCGACAUCUCUCCUUCCAUCCUGAAUGUGUCAGGUAUUAAUCAAAGCGCAGUUUUCUCCUGCGAAGCCCACAAUGUAAAGGGACUGUCUUCAUCCCGGACAGCCACUGUCCAAAUUAAAGCAAUGCCUCUCCCACCUGUCAAUGUGACGGUAACCCAAGUCACCAGUUACAAUGCCAGCAUUACGUGGGUUCCAGGAUUUGAUGGUCGCUCUCCCCUUCGCUCUUGCACUGUUCAGGUGGCGGAGUCCCAUGAUGAUCAAGACAUCUCAACAGAAGUGAUUCCUGUCCCUUCAUUUGCCUACGGUUUACAAGGAUUACAGCACUCCACCAAUUACAGUGUUCGUGUACUGUGCACCAAUGAAAUGGGCAGCUCCCCUUUCACAGACUGGAUUUAUUUUCAGACUCUGGGGUUAGCUCCAAGCAGUAUCCCACAAAAUGUCCAUGUCAUCCAAGGAGAAUCUAGCCUGAUUUUGGAGUGGGAAGGAGUGGCGCCAGAAAUGAUGAAGGAAGAUCUACUGGGGUACAAGCUAGAGUGGAGUCAAGACAAUGUCACUCAGGGAGAGAUGAUAGUGCUGGAGACAACAGCCAAUCUUACAACAUGGAAUCCUCUAAAAGACCUCAUCAUCAGAGUGUGCAUACUGAACUCCGCUGGGUGUGGACCCUGGAGUGACCCUCUAGUGGUUGCAGCUCAAGAGGUUUUAGGUGGCCAGAGACAACCUCCCUAUGGGACAUCCUGGGUGCCUGUAGCUUUGGGCAUUCUCACUGCCCUGGUGACAGCUGUUGCCCUGGCACUGAUUCUCCUUCGCAAAAGAAGAAAAGAAACUCGAUUUGGUCAUGCCUUCGGCAGUGUGGUCGGCCGGGGGGAGCCAAUGGUCCAUUUCAGAGCUGCCAGGUCUUUCAACAGGGAAGGCCCAGAGCUUAUUGAGGCAACAUUGGAGAGCAUAGGGAUCAGUGAUGAUCUGAAAACCAAACUCAAGGAUGUCUUAAUUCAGGAACAACAGUUUACUCUAGGAAGGAUGCUAGGCAAGGGGGAGUUUGGCUCAGUAAGAGAAGCACUACUGAAGCUGCAGGAUGGCUCUUUCCAGAAAGUAGCAGUGAAAAUGUUGAAAGCGGACAUCUUCACCUCAAGUGACAUUGAGGAGUUCCUGCGAGAAGCUGCCUGCAUGAAGGAGUUUGACCACCCUCAUGUUACUAAAUUGAUUGGUGUCAGCUUGCGGAGUCGUCCCAAGGGCCGUCUCCCAAUACCUAUGGUGAUCCUGCCCUUCAUGAAGCAUGGAGACCUUCACGCUUUUCUGCUGAUGUCGCGGAUUGGAGAAAAUCCUUUUAAUUUGCCUCUUCAAACAUUACUCAAGUUCAUGAUUGAUAUUGCCAGUGGUAUGGAGUACUUGAGCUCAAAAAACUUUAUACACAGGGACCUGGCUGCUCGGAAUUGCAUGUUGGAUGAAAAUAUGAAUGUAAGUGUUGCAGACUUUGGACUGUCUAAGAAAAUUUACAGUGGAGACUAUUACCGCCAAGGCUGUGCCUCCAAGCUGCCUGUGAAGUGGCUUGCACUGGAGAGCCUCGCGGAUAAUCUUUACACAACACACAGUGACGUGUGGGCAUUUGGUGUGACCAUGUGGGAGAUUGUGACCCGAGGACAGACUCCAUAUGCAGGCAUUGAGAAUGCAGAAAUCUACAACUACCUCAUCAGCGGAAACAGGCUGAAGCAGCCCCCGGAGUGCCUGGAAGAUGUCUAUGAUCUCAUGUGCAGAUGCUGGCAUCCUGAGCCCAAGUUCAGACCUAGCUUUGCAAUGCUGAAAUUACAGCUGGAAAUGAUUCGGGGGAGAAUGUCUACACUCUCUUCCAGUCAAGAUCCUCUGUAUGUCAACAUUGGGACAGACAAAGAGGCUUCUGGGUGUGACCCUGCCCUGCACACUUCAUUUGGAGAUUUGGACAAUGAAGAGAAUGUUGCUGGAGCAGCUGCUGCUGUCACUAGUAACUACCGUUACAUCAUGAGCCCUCUGUGCCUUGGGAAUGAUGCUGAAAGUGAAAGACAUUCAGAUGCAGCUGAAGGGGAGGCCAGGAGCCUUCUGCAUGAGCUGGAGAUGGAAGGAGAAAAGAGUUGUUAGCCUGUAAAAAAAAAAAAAAAAAAAAAAAAAAAA